CGCAUGGAAGUAGUCUCCGCCGACAGGUAUAAAUGCUGAGCAUAAUUGCUCCUUCUGGCACAGCAAACUGCUAGUUCAUCAAACCGAGCAGCUUCACGUAAACUCUACAUUUCAGCAACAGAAUGAGGACUGUAUUUGUAGUAGCUCUUGUGUGCUUGGCACUGGUGUGCUUGAGUGAAGGGCGUCCACCGAGAGCUCCCAAUAAUGGUCGUGGAAAUGGUAACGGAGGUGGCAACGGCAACGGAAAUGGAAACAAUGGUAUUGGUAAUGGCAACGGUGGCUCAAACGGCAACAACGAAAACGCCGGAGGCAAUGGAAACGGAAACAAUGGUAAUGGAAACGGCAACGGCGGACCAAACAACGAAGAGACAACUAGCAACCCUGAAUUGACUACUGAGGGUGCUCCUGAACCUACCGAAGGUGCGACUGAACCUACCGAAGGCGCGACUGAACCCACAGAAGAAGUUACUGAGCCUGCAGAAGAGACGACCGUGGUCGAGGAGCAGACGACCGUUGUAGUCACUGAGGAACCGCCAGUUGAGGUCACUACUGAGGGUGCUCCUGAACCUACCGAAGGUGCGACUGAACCCGCAGAAGAAGUAACUGAGCCUGCAGAGGAGACGACCGUGGUCGAGGAGCAGACGACCGUUGUAGGCACUGAGGAACCGCCAGUUGAGGUCACUACUGAGGCCGAGGUGACCACAGCUCCCGCAGAAAACUCGAGCGAAGAGAGCAACGAGAGCGGAACUAACGAGGAAAACUCGAACGAGGCGAGCCAAGAGUCGGGAGAGAGCAACUCAACAGAGGAGGGCACCGCAGAAAACAACUCAACUGAGGAGGUCAAGUCUGAUGAGAGCAACCAAACUAAGGAGAGCCAGGAAAGUAACGAAUCCAAGUAAUUGACAAUUAUGCAUAUUAUUGGAUUUCUAUAAUCUCUAACACAAUAAUGUACAGCAGUACGUAGUUAUAUAGCUGUUAUUGGCCAAAAUUAUGAAACUGCCCAUUGUUGUGUUCUUUUCAAUGACUGUGAAAGUUUUUCUCAUGUAAUAGAAGACCAACCAUAACAAGAUGAAUAAAAUCAGCUUUAAAAAAUGAUAAA